CAAAAUUUUUGCAUCAGGAAGUUCUACACUUCUUAGCCUUCAUUUUGACCAAUGGAAACUUUACGAGUCCGUUGCAUCACUCUCCUUAUGGCUUUAUAAUAAUAGACUUUCAAGAUUCAAUUCAACUCACAGAAUCACAAUUUGCACUCGCUUUCUUCACCACCACAGCCCUAGCAAAUCUUCUGGCAGUAUGUCGCAGCCGUCGCGUCCCAAGAGCCCCGAUGAUCAAACUGCAAUGUAUAUUCGUGUAAAGCGUAACAAGACAACUUACUUUCUGCAAUGUGUGCCAAGUGAGACAAUUCUACAAAUUAAGGAGAAGUUGCAAGAACUCAUUGAUCAACCAGUCAAUGAUCAACGUUUGAUAUUAAUGCCAAAUCGGGAAGUAUUAGAUGAUUCAAAAUCACUGGCGGAUCAGAAGGUUGAAAAUGAUGCUGUUGUUGCGCUGACCUUGAGAAAAGAUGAUAAUGAAUUCGAAGAGGUGAACAUCGUCAGGCCAAAUGAUUUUUACCAAUCCCGGGAGACGGAUGGUGGCUUCUAAUGCUCAACUCUUGGAAACACAUUAAUUAUCAGUAGUCGUGUCGUUUAUGUUACUCAACACUAUGAGCUCCAUCUUUUGAUUUGAUAACAUGAGAGUUGUCGAUCUUUAUGUACGGAUGAUGCCCUUUACUGAAUUUUCAGUUCCAUUGCAGCUGUACUGAUGAAAUUCCUCCUCGUGAAAUUCCAUAUGCUAUCAUUCCAA